UCAAGAUGGCGGCGCUCAAUGGCGCCACGAGCGAUUCGGAAAACAGCGGCAGCAGUAGCAGCAGCGAUGCGGAGGAGCUGGCUCGGUGUCGCGAGGCGGCGAUGCCGGCCUGGGGCGUGGAGCAGCGCCCGCGGGGGCCGGAGAAACCAAGAGCCGGUGCUGCAAAUAACCAGUUGCCAACCGCCCACCCGAGCCUCAGGCAUAAGGUGGAUGAGCACGAACAGGAUGGUAACGAGCUUCAGACCACCCCUGAAUUCCGAGCCCACGUGGCCAAGAAACUGGGAGCCCUGCUGGACAGAAUGUCAUCCUAAAUCAGCCAUCUCCUCUCCACUUAGCGUCAUUACCAUCUCAGAAGUAGUGAAGGAGCCAAGAAAAGCUGAGGUACAGAAAGUCACCUCGGAGGAUGAUGGUUUCCGCCUUUUCUUCACAUCCAUCCCUGGAGGCCCUGAGAAGGAAGCUUCCCCCAAACCCCGCCGAAAGCGCCAGCCCUCCAGUUCCAGCAGCGAGGACAGCGACGAGGAGUGGCGGCGGUGCCGGGAGGCAGCCGUGUCGGCAUCCGACAUCCUGCAGGAGUCCGCCCUGCACGGCCCUGUCGGGGCGGAGAAGGAGGCGGGAAAGAAAAGGAAGUCGAAAAAGAAAGCCAAGAAGGCGGCCGGUGUCGACCCUGCCGUAGCCACCUCCACCAGCACCGCCAGCGGGGCCACGGGCCGGAAGCAGGAAAAGGAGCCAGGCGAGCUCAGUGGGGACCACGUGUCACUUGGGACCAAAAAGAAGAAAAGGAAGAAAAAGGCGAGGAAGGCCGGUGAGCCGUCUCCACUCCCACCAGCAAAGAGUGCUGCGGCCGAGCCCGCAAACUGACCCCAGCUGUGGGCGCAGGGCCCAGCUAGCUCCACGGACACGGUGCCCACCGGGGUAAGGCGUUUCCAAGCCCCGCCUCUCUCUCCAAGUUCAAGGGCUUGGCUGGCAAGUCCACACUCUGCCCUUGAGAUCCUGUGGUGAUGGGGGCUUGCUCCAGCGUCGGGGCAAAGAUGUGGCUGUAGGGUGAGAAGCCUAAGCAAGGCCUGCCCCUCUGUGCUGCCACAAGGGCUGGGGCAGACCCGUUGUACCAGAACAUUCUGUGGGAAUGUUCGGGAAGAAGGAGCCUUCCGGUUGUUCAAGACUAGUGGCCGAGGGGCACAGCUUACAUCUCCCCAGAACUGUCUGGGGUGGGCCAGCGAAGGGCCACCGUUCUCCUCCACGCACCUCCUCAGCCGGGAGUGAGAAGCCGUCUGUGGAAAAAGGGGGAACGGGUCCCCACGAUGCCACGGCCCAGAGAAACUUUUGUUUCCUCCCCUCAACCCACAUAGACUUGAUAGAAUUGCCUGAAAAAGAAGAGCGAUAUUCCUCCCCCAUCCCUUGGUUUUCCAGAAUUUUCUUUCUCCACAUUUGUGAAUUUACUGGGCACAACGCUACUCUGAGGCACCCAGAUUAUCGAAAAUAAAUUGUCAAGGGACCCACAACAAAACUUAGCGUGAUCUGAGUGCUGCCUCCCUGCCAGUGCCCACCCGUAAUGAAACAUUUGAAAUAAACAUCCUCCUCCUGCCCGUGCCCCCGGGCCACGUUCCUUCGCCCCAGCUUGGCAACAUCAGGACGUGUGACAGCACUUGCAGACUCGGUUUCACGAACAAGGGUCUUCUGCAAGGAGGAGGAGAAGCUCGAGGUUAAGGUGGAAUUCUGGCUUCACCCUUCAUCGUCAGACUUUGAGCAGAGCAGGAGCAGCAGAGACACGGGGUGUGUGGGUGUGUGGGCUGGGGCCCGGCUGCCGUCCCCAGGCCCCAGGCCUGCCCCUCAGCCACGCUCUGCGGUCCCCAGGCCCCAUCGGGGUGCUUUGUGGACAAUUACGAAGUUUCUAGUACAUUUCUUAUUGACGUUACUAAAAGUUAAAUAAAUGUACAGGUUUGCCUUUUGCUGGCUGCG